UUAGAAAGUUCAAUUAGCGUCAUCUGACAUUCCAAUCAACAACUGAAUAUACAGGAGCGUAUUCUGAAGGUAAAACAGGAACCUGCAGGAACCUGUUAUCAGGUUUAUGGUGCGUAACUGUGUAAUAUUUAUUAGCAGAGUUUUUCAAGUGAUAAACAGUGACAAUGAAACACAAGAAAGAGAAAAGCAAAUCUAAACAUGAAAAACAUAAGUCAGGGAAGAAAAAUAAAAAGCAUAGGAAGCAAAAGAAGUACAAUGAAUCGAGUUCAAGUAGUACAGGUAGCGAGGAUGAACAAGAAUGGGUGGAAAAGUCAGUAUCACAAUCUGUAUCUACAGAGAAAAAUAUACCUAUUCCAACAACACAAAAAGAACCUUGCGAAAGAGAAGAUUGGAUGAAUAUAAAAAGUGUAUUUCCAUGUGUAUUUAAUAAGGAUAAAUCAUCAUCCUCUACCAUAAAUAAAAAUGCUGGUAAACCUGAUUUGGAUAAAUUGGGUCAAAGUGACAGAGAAUUAAAUCCUUAUUGGAGACAUGGUGGCAAUGGCCUACCUAGUAGUAGUUCAAUAAAAACAAAUAUAAAACAAACAGCAUCUGUAGAUUGGUUAAGGAAAAGUCUUAAACGAGCACAAGAACAAGCAGAACACGAGGGUAGAAGUCUUGAAGAGAUUGCAGCUGAAAGAUGGGGUUCCUUGGAAGUUAUACAAUCAAUGAUAUCUGAAGCAGAAAGAGGGUCAGAAAAACAGAUAUCAGAAAAUAUUGCAUAUAAUAAUAAAAGAUUUAAGUCUCAAAGCCAUUUGAGACAAAAUAAAAGAUACAGAGAUUUUAGAUCUACAUCUAAAAGUCAAGACAGAAAUGAGCAUAGAAAUGAAUACAGAUCACAUGAUGAUUUGAAGUAUGAAAAAUGGCCAAAGCAGAAAUAUAAAAAACCCAUUGAUGAUGAUUGUGUUGUUAGCACCUCACAUAAGACACAUAGUUCUGCUGUAAAGAAAUGGCAAAGACCGAAAAUGUCAGAUAAAAUUGAAAAAAAUGAAUUAGAUUCAAAUGCAUCUGAAAUAAAAGCAAUUGAUACUCAAAACAAUAGCAAUAUAAAUUAUUCAGAAUCCGAGGAAACUAAAUCUCUAACAAAAGCAGAAAUGAAUAAGUUAGGAGCAAAGAUUGUUAAAGCUGAAAUAAUGGGUAAUACUAAACUUGCUGAUGAAUUAAAAAUUCAAUUGAAAAAAGCAACAGAACUUGCUACAAAAACUAUGCAGUCAGAUGAAACAGAAAAAGUUCAAAAUGUAAUUCUUACACAAACUGAUGUUAAGGGUAACACAAGGCCGUUGGAGUCCAGAAGUCAGUCUACAGAAUCUACAAAAAGAACAAAACACAAACCUCAACAAACACAUGAAUCCGGAAAAAGAGUGCGGCAUUAUUUCGAUGACGAUAAAUAUUCUUUGCAACAAUUAUUCCAACGUGAAAAAGGAAGAUCUGUAAAUGAAGAUGAUGCAGCAUUUGUUAAACUUGCUUCUAAGAAUAUGGAUAUGGAUGACAUAUUUGAAGAAAAAAUUACACAUGUUAAAUCAGAUGCAAAACAAGAUGAGAGAGAUCGUUCGCUUGCUAUCAAGGAACACAAACGGCUAUCAAAAAGUCUGGAUAAUUGUCGUUGGUGUAUUGAUUCAAAAUACAUGUUGAAACAUAUGAUCGUUGCAAUGGAUUCCGAAAUUUGUCUGAGUCUUCCUAAUUAUAUUUCUUUGACUGAAGGACAUUGUAUAAUAACACCUAUACAGCAUGUUGCUUCUCAAUUACAAUUAGACGAAAAUGUUUGGGAAAAGCUGAAGGUAUUGAAACGAGCUUUAUACAAGAUGUUUGUAGACCUAAACCAAUAUCCAGUCUUUUAUGAAAUUUAUAAAACUCGUCACAAGUUUUCACAUAUGCAAUUAGAAUGUGUUCCUUUACCAAAAGAAAUUGGUGAAUCAGCGCCAAUGUAUUUCAAGAAAGCUUUAUUGGAGUGUGAAACGGAAUGGUCGAUGAAUAAAAAAAUUAUCGAUCUUGAACACAAAGACGUUCGUCGAUCCGUUCCCAAUGGUUUAUCUUAUUUCAUGGUGGAAUUUGAAACAGAUAAAGGUUAUGCACAUGUUAUUGAAGAUGAACAGAUGUUCCCAAACAAUUUUGCAGAGGAAGUUAUUGGUGGAAUGUUAGACUUAGAUCACGAUGUAUGGCGAAAGCCAAAAAAAGAAACUUUUGACCAGCAACGACAGAAAGUACUCAAAUUUUUAGAAAUAUGGAAAAAUUAUGACUGUGGGAUUACGAAUUGUGCUUAAUAUAAUUUUAAUAAAUGAAUUUGUACAUACAAAUACAACUUUUAAAGUUAUCGUGUUACUUUUCAA